AUGGCGGCCGUAGCCGCCGCCAACCCAUCUGCUGCGGCAAUCGCGCCGCCGUCAGCGUCGGCGCCGCCGACGGCGGCGGAGGCGGCGGAGAGCGUGCGGCAAUUCCGACUGGAGCGCGAGACGGAGCUGCGCGUCGAGGUGGAGUGGGACGCGAAGCUAGCGGUGAAGCUUGUAUCGGGUACGGCGGAGAUCUUCGGGUCCGAGAUCGCGGUGGGGCAAAACGUCGCCUUCGACGGCGGGGAGAAAUUCGCGGUAUUCACCUGGCAUGGUUGCAGCCUGGAGGUGCGCGGGUCGCCAGCACUACCAGAUGCCAUGUAUGCAGCAGACGAGGUAUGGGGAGGGGUUUGGUGGGUAGGGGUGGUAGAGCUCUGUUGGAUGAAUGAGUGUGUGAGUGCAUGUGUUAUCUUUGGGUUUCCAACACUGCCGGAUGCCAUGUAUGCUGCAGACGAGACCCCCAUGGUGAGCUAUCUGAAUCUCCAUGCGGUGCUGAACGUGCGGCGAGUGGAGGCAGCUAGAAGCCUCAUGCGUGCGAAACAGCAGUUGGCACAGCUGCAGCAGCAGCAACAGCAGCUGCAGUAUCAGCAUCAGCAACGGCAGCAGCAGCAGCAGCAUCCGCAUCAGCAGCAGCAGUACCAGCACCAGUUGCAGCGGUUGCAGCGGCACAAGCAGCAGCUGGAGAACAAGAUAAACUCCCUCGUUCUCACCAAGGUCCCCAGAGUCCAGCUAGUCGGUCCCACAGAUAGUGGCAAGUCAACGUUAGCGCGCAUGCUGCUGUGCUGGGCGGCCAGGCAGCAGUGGCACCCCACCUACGUGGAUCUAGACGUGGCUCACAGCAGUGUCACUGUGCCGGGGGCUGUGGCUGCCACGCCAGUGGAAGCACCGCUUGAAGCGAACGCCAGGAGUGUUGAAGAAGCUCCCUUGGUGCUGUUCUAUGGCCACACCAACCCUAGUGCUAACCUUGACCUAUACCGGGCACUAGUGACGGCGCUGGCAGAUGCGACAGACAGGCGGCUGGGCAUCACACCCUUGGGAGAGGCAGGAGGGGAGGAGUGGGUAGGGUGGGCAGCAGGAGGGGCGGCAGCAGCAGGGAUCAUAGCGAACAGCAUGGGAUGGGUGGAUGGGGCUGGUUACCAGGUGCGCGUUGGUGGUGCUGUGUUGAUUGGGCUGGUUACCAGGGGUCACUAUCCACUGCCUGCAGUAGGGUGGGCAGCAGGGGGGGGGGCAGCAGGAGGGGCGGUGCCAGUGGAGGCCGCAGCAGCAGGGAUCAUAGCGAACAAUAUGGGAUGGGUGGACGGGGCUGGUUACCACGUUAGAGUGCACGUUCUCUCCUCGUUGCCUCUGCAGCUGCUGCUUCACUCCAUUGAUGCCUUACGGGCCAACGUGGUGCUUGUACUGGGGCAGGAGCGGCUCUACAGCAUGCUCUCGGAGCACUACCGGAGCAAAGCCGUGGCAGCUGCAGCGGAUGGCACCCCUGCCAGCCAUGCAGCAGCAAUGGAGGUGGUAAAGCUUGUUCGGUCCGGAGGUGCUGUGUCUCGUGCCUCCAAGUUCAGACAGCGGCUGAGGCAAGCAGUCAUCAAGGCGUACUUCUACGGGCCAGAGCGGCAGUUUUCACCUCAUUCGAGCACGGCCAGCUGGUCGGAGUACACGGUGCUGAGGGUAGGGGGAGGGCCGCAGGCACCGCAGUCAGCGCUACCCAUCGGGGCAGCGAGGGUUUCAGACCCUCUUCGCACUGCACCAGUGGUUCUUUCACGGGAGCUGGAGCAUCACGUGCUGGCAGUUUCACAUGCCAAAGAGGAGAAGGACGCUGUUACUGGGAGCAUCGCUGGAUUCAUCUGCAUUACGCAAGUGGAUAUUGCCAAGGGCAAGUUCAUGUUCAUAGCACCUAGUCCAGGGCCACUACCAGGGAAGAUUCUCCUCUUUGGCUCCCUGACAUGGGUGGAAUAG